AUGGAGUUCACUAACCAAAUUAAAUGUAUAAGUUUGGCCUUGAUCCUCAUGUUGGGGGCUUGGUCUUCUGAAGCCACAUCUCGCACUCUGCAAGAUGUGACAAUGUAUGGGAGAUAUGAGCAAUGGAUGGCUCGUCAUGGACGUGUUUUUAGCAGCAUUGAUGAGAAGGAGAGUCGUUUCAAGAUAUUCAAAGAAAAUUUGGCAUAUAUAGAAUCUUCCAAUAACGAUGCAAGCAAAACUUUCAGGUUGGGUGUCAAUCAGUUUGCACAUCUUACUAAUGAAGAAUUCACAUCCUUGAGUAAUGGAUUUAAGGGGCAUGAAAGUUCCACAAAAACCAGUUCCUUCAGGUAUGAAAAUGUCACAGUGCCGGCUACGAUGGACUGGAGAAGCAAAGGAGCUGUAACUCCUAUCAAGAAUCAAGGCCAAUGCGGUUGUUGUUGGGCAUUUUCGGCAGUGGCAGCCAUGGAAGGGAUUACUCAACUUACAAUGGGUAAACUAAUCUCAUUGUCUGAGCAAGAGCUAGUUGAUUGUGACAAAAGUGGUGAAGAUCAAGGUUGUGAAGGUGGUUUGAUGGAUGAUGCAUUUGAGUUCAUCAAUCAAAAUCAUGGACUUAGCACCGAGGCAAAUUAUCCCUACACCGGUGUUGAUGGCAAAUGCAAUGCCCGGAAGGAAGCGAGCCAUGCAGCCUCAAUAACUGGCCAUGAAGACGUGCCUGCAAACAGUGAAAGUGCCCUUCUAAAGGCCGUUGCAAGCCAACCUAUUUCGGUUGCCAUUGAUGCUAGUGGAUCUGAUUUCCAAUUCUAUUCAAGUGGCGUCUUUACUGGUACCUGUGGAACAAGUUUAGACCAUGGUGUUACAGCAGUUGGCUACGGUGUGAGUGAUGAUGGGACAAAGUACUGGCUGGUGAAGAACUCAUGGGGUGCACAAUGGGGUGAAGAAGGGUACAUAAGGAUGCAAAGGGAUGUCGAUGCAGCAGAAGGCCUUUGCGGCAUUGCUAUGGCAGCCUCUUACCCUACUGCAUAGUCUUACCAGCAAAUUAAACCAAUUCCUGCUGUUCAAAUU